GAGCGUUACCGCCGGUAACUUACCGGUGAUAAUGUGCGGAGUAAACGGCUUGUCAACGAUGGUAAUCACUACGAUUAGUGGACUGGUGAGCUGAAGUAUGCCAUUCCCACCCAUCUUUCAACAUCAGAAUCAACCACAGAGUACACAGAAAGACCGAAAACACUUAGAACGUGGAGUAUUCAAGAAAGCCGCCAUCAUCCCCCCGCAAUCUUUAUACAAGACCCAAAAGCUUCAGAAGGAGGAAGCAGAAAACCGAGAAAAAUUCUCCAGCUCUUGGCCGUGUUCUUCUGCCACUUGGACACAACUGGGCAGACGACCUCAGCCUCGGUGCCCCCAGCUAUUUUCCUACCGUAGUGUACCCGGGAACACCGACAACACCCCUCGUGGUUUCUGCGUGCCCAGGCCAGUGGCUCAGUCUUGCGAUAGCAUGCCUGCCUCAGACUCGGUGGACUCGGGUGUAAAGAGCUGCAAGAAUUCAUCACAGAGCUCACUGCUGAGGGAUGAGAUGGCUGCUGAGGAUCAGCUAGAGCGUUUCUCUCUCAGUCUCACACCUGAAGCUAUUCUAGUGCUGCAGAAACGCAAUCUGGAGAAACAGCUGCUAGCCCGACAGAAAAGCCGUGAUUGUACACCCACUGCCUCCAGUUCUAGUUUGCAGUGCAAAAAACUGUAUCAGACAAGAACAAAGGGGCUAUCCGCCCUAAAUGCCGGGCUUCAGGCACCUGCAGACAUCCGUGCCAUUCUUAAAAUUUCUCUGUUGAAUGAGCAACAUAAGUAUGACGACGUGGAGUAUGAAGAGGACGACGACGAGGGCUACGUGGAUGAAUGCUUGAUCAGAAAGUGUACCGAGUGGCUGAGGGGAGUGGAGAGUGCCGCAACCCUGGCUGCAGACCACCGCGAGCUCGAUACUCUGCCUCACCUCAAAGGUCUAUGACCGCCGCGAGCCCACACUGUGCCUCACCUUAGUGGUCUUGGAGUCCAAAGCUGCUUAAGCCUUUUCAGCCGUACUGACUUUCAAAGAAUCCUGCAACCAGUCGUAAUACCUGCUAGCUGAGGUGCACUACUCUUAGUGAGUGGGAAACGUGCCAUAUAGUCAGUAAAGCUGGACUUUUUUCUGAAGUGGGUGCUGGACUCUGAUGCAAACAGGGUAAAGUCAGAAAGUAAAUGAUGCAAACAGGGUAAAGUCAGAAAGUAAAUGAUGCAAACAGGGUAAAGUCAGAAACAUAUGUGACUGUUCUUACCCAAUGACCACUGAAGCAGAAAACUGAAAUAAACUAAUGCUGACUUGGCAAUAGUAUUUCUGGUCUAUUAAUUAGUCUCUAUAUUCUCAUAGAGGGAAAAUUACAAGAGCUUCUGUGAAGUGACUUUUUAUUAUUAUUAUUCAGCUAGACCACUUGCAUUUACCGUUAUGUCUAGUCAUGAAAUACAUUUCAAAUCUGUUAAUACACUGUCUGGCUUUUAGUACGCGUCUUGUGUUGUCUUCGAGAACAAUUGUUUGUUUCUUAUUUUAAUAUAAACAAAGAAAUACAUAUUUAUUAAAUAAAAGACAUAUUUCAGAAACUCGUUUUGUUCCUGCAUCUGGUUGUCUGCAAAGUAUAUUUUCUUUAUAUUCUCUUUAAUUAAACUGUAAACUACAUGGUCACUUACUUUAGCUAAUGAUUUAAUCGGGAGAUACAUUUUUUGUUCAAAAUAAAGUAUAUAAGCUCACUUCUUAUUAUUAUCCUGGCCUAAGGUUACCACAAGUUUUCCUUUAGGCUGGGCAGUUCCUUAUUUGGGCAGGUGUGUCUUUGGGGAGGGGGAUAUGAAAAUGGUAAGUGUCCUUUUUUUCUAAAUUCCCUUUAUUAGUUGACUAAAGCUUUUUUUUUUUCUUUUUUUUUGUAUUUGAAUCGCUUACCAACCAACUAAAAGUCUAAAAAGAGUGGGCUUUUAUUUUAACAAAAAAAAAAGCUAUUAUUUUUGUAUCUGAAGCACUUCAAAAUGUUGUAACAAGCAACUAAAAUUCUUCCAGUGUGCUUUUAUGUUUUAGCAAAAAAAAAAGUCCAGUUGUUUGUAGAUAUGGUUUCAUGUGCAAAAUCUCACAUUUCCAUAAUAAAGUCCCACUGUGACGAUCUGAAAA